AUGGUUGCAGAUCAAAAUCGUUUAAUCAAUGCUGCUAGUGGAUGGCAAGAUCGAAUAGUACAUCAUGCUAAUCCAAAUCAUAAAAAUCAUUCGAGUAUAUCAGCAUUAAUACUUGCAGCUGAACUAGGUUAUUUUGAAUGUGUUAAAUUACAUGUACAAGCUGGAGCUGAUCUAAAAUUACCAUCGAGUAGUAAAAUAAUUCUCUAG